CUCCAAGAAGACAAUGAUGGAUCUCAUAGAACAAGGAGUCUUCAUAAUCUAGUCAGAGCAUUUAAGGAAUCUCAAGGAAUUCUCUACUUUAAUGACUGGCCUACACACUCUCCAGAUCUUAAUGUUAUUGAGAAUAUAUGGAGGAUCCUUAAACAGUGGGUUAAACAGUGGAAGCCUCAAACUCCUCAACAGCUAUGGGAGGCAAUUAUAAUAGAGUGGGACAAAAUCACCUACAAAGAAAUCAAUCAAUAUAUUAAGCAGAUGCCACAACGCAUCGCUGAAUGUAUAGAUAGAAAGGGGCUUCAGACCCAGUAU